CGUCAUCUUCGUGCGGCCUCCCGGAAGUGCGCGCUGGAGUCAGAAUGGCGCAGAAGUGGAUCGGCGGCUGCAGCUCAGGUGUUGUUUGAUGACAAAUUCACCGAAAAUCACCGGAAACCGGAGACCGGAGCGCGAGGUGGACGGGGAUCUCGCGGAGGACACGCACCGCCGUCGGGGACGCACACACGCGCACAGGUGAUGGCGGAGCGACGAGGCGAGUGUUUGUGGAAGAAACACGUGGCGGAGCAACUCAAGCUUAGAGACCGAGAGCAGAGACAGGCCUUCGAGGAGAUCAUCCUGCAGUAUAACCGUCUCCUGGAGAAGGCGGACCUGCAGGCUGUUCUAUCGGAGCGUUACCAGGCCGACAAAUAUGACGUUCAGAGAGGCCACGAGUCCAGUGCGGCGGACUCGAGUCGCAGCGACGCUCUGCAGCAGGAGAUGGCUCAGAUGAGGAUUCGGCACCAGGAGGAGCUGACGGAGCUGCACAAGAAACGAGGCGAGCUGGCCCAGAGCGUGAUCGAACUGAACAACCAGAUCCAACAGAAGGACCGAGAGAUCCAGAACAACGAGGCCAAGAUGCUUGAGUACCAGCAGCAGAUCUCCAGCCUGGAGGGCAACUGCCGUGAGCUCAGGAGCUGCUUGCAGGACCUGGAGAGGGCGAACCAGACGCUGAAGGACGAGUACGACGCCCUGCAGAUCACCUUCUCCGCCCUGGAGGAGAAGCUGAGGAAGACCACCGAGGACAACCAGGAGCUGGUGUCGCGCUGGAUGGCCGAGAAGGCUCAGGAGGCCAACCGGCUCAACGCCGAGAACGAGAAGGACAGCAGACGGCGGCAGGCCAAACUGCAGAAGGAGCUUGCUGACGCUGCCAAGGAACCGCUGCCCAUUGAGGCGUGCGUGUCUGAGGACGACGACAUUGAGGUGCUGACUGAGGACGCCGGGAAGGCGGGGGGAGAGACGUCGCCGAGCCGGCCGCUUAGCAGGACUCCCAGUAAGAAGAUCUCCCAGCAGCCUCCUGGGGGGCUGCUUGACUCAAUCUCCCUCAUGUUUGGCAGGCGUCGGAGCGCCAACUCUUUCAGCACUUCACCGGAGAGCAGCGAGGCCCCGUCAGGCGUCUGCGCUGAGGUCCGCGUGCCAACCACGGCGCUGCACGUCUUCGAAGCCCACGACGGCGAGGUGAAUGCUGUGAGGUUCAGCCCUGGCUCCCGUCUCCUAGCAACUGGAGGGAUGGACCGCAGGGUGAAGCUGUGGGAGGUGGUGGCAGGUCACUGUGAGCCCAAAGGAGCUCUGACCGGCAGCAACGCGGGAAUCACCAGCAUCGAGUUCGACAGUGCUGGCUCCUACCUGCUCGCCGCCUCCAACGACUUCGCCAGCCGGAUUUGGACCGUGGAUGACUACAGACUGAGGCACACGCUGACGGGUCACAGCGGGAAAGUCCUCUCCGCUCGCUUCCUGUUGGACAACGCUCGCAUCGUCUCUGGGAGCUACGACCGCACGCUCAAACUGUGGGACCUUCGCAGCAAAGUCUGUAUGAAGACGGUGUUCGCGGGCUCCAGCUGCAACGACAUCGUGUGCACCGAGCAGUGCGUCAUGAGCGGACAUUUUGAUAAGAAGGUUCGCUUCUGGGACAUCAGGGCGGAGAGCAUCGUGCGGGAGCUGGAGCUGUUCGGCAGAGUGACGUCUCUGGAUCUGAACCACGAUCGCACCGAGCUGCUCACCUGCUCCAGAGACGACCUGGUGAAGAUCGUCGACCUGCGCACCAACGCCGUGAAGCAGACGCUCAGUGCGCAGGGUUUCAAGUGUGGCGCUGAUUGGACCAGAGUGACAUUCAGUCCUGACGGGAGCUACGUGGCCGGCGGAUCAGCUGACGGCGCUCUGUACAUCUGGAAUGUGCUGACGGGGAAAGUGGACCGAACUCUAGACCGGAACCACAGCUCAGCCAUCAACUCGGUGUCCUGGUCGCCUUCAGGAGCAUACGUGGCAAGCGUGGAGAAAGGCAGUCGCGCCAUCUUGUGGUCAGACAUGUGACCGGGCCCGAGGAGGCGGAGUCAGGCUGUAGGCAGCCAGUGGCGGCCCCUCUGCCAUCUUCAUCGUGGUGAAGAUGAAGAGGAUUCACUGAGACUGUGGAGACGAGCUGCCGUGUUCUGUUUCUGCAGCUUUUAAUGUUCAGCAUCAUUUUAAUGACCGGGAGGAGGCGGAGCCACAUGCGGCGCCGCAGCUGCUGAUGCGAGGACAGCCGUCGGAUGUCAGGUGACACGUUGGAAACGCAGAGACAUUUCACUGUUGACACUUCCUCUCCUAAUCCUCACUCCACAGGACGCCUCAGGAAACAGGAAGUGCGUGCACCGACUAAUCAGAGAUUAAAGAAACUGUCGUGUGGUUUGUUCCUGUCUGCACUCGGCAAUGCCUCAUUUCUACCUCGCCGCUUCGCUCGCUCCAGGUACUGCUGACUUCCUGUUGUUCGUUUUCCACUGCAGACAGAACCGCGUCCUUGCUGUGGGUGUCGCUGUGACAUCAUCAGCAGGACAGCGUGUCGCACAUCACGUGUUAUGAAUGCGGCGCCUGCCCGAGCCUCAACAGGUGGUCAGCACGAGCCUCAGUUCCGUCAUCAGAGGGGGCGGAGUGGAAAUGAGGCCGUUUGGACCGUAAAGUGAACCGCCAUCAGUGAUGUUUUUCCACAAACAGGAAGUGGACCUUCACAUUAAACUGUGUCAGAGCACACCUGUGUGGGUUUGUGUGUUUGAUUCACAGGUGUGUUACAUACUGCACUAACCUCGCUGCGAGCACGGACAGAUUGUGUAACCUGAUGAUUGUAAAUGUCCUGUAAAAAUCCUGAUGAAUAAAUCCUCUGACACACGAGA